AGGGUGACAGAGAGACUUCACCUCAAAAAAAAUAAAAAAUAAAUUAAAAAAUGAAAUAAAGAAAAUGCACCGAAGGCAUGCCAGGCUCACGCCGGCUGUUCUGUUCAAAUAACUUUCGAGUCCGUGGCCUCGAAAAGGGUCCGGUGGGCGGUGGCAGUGGGCAGCAGGCGCACGCGGGAGAAAGGGCGGCUAAGUGGGAGCCCAAGGAGCCGCGUCCGGUACCUGGUCUCCGGCCUCCAAGCCCAGGGGAAGGAGCCGUUCUGCCCACAAGUGGGCGCAGACCACGAAAGGGAAACAGAAAGUUAGACUCCCCCGCCCCGCCCACGUGACCGCGGCUCCCCAGCCCUCUCAGCGCGCUCCCGGCGGCGGCAGCGAGUGCGGGCACCGGAGCGAGACAGCAAGCGCGUGACUCGCCGCCCAGGGCGGGAGGCGAGGGAGCUGCCGCGGCGUGCGAGCGCGCCCCGGGAAGCGGCGGGAGCGCGCACGCGCCGGGGCCACCGCCCCUCCCGGGCCGGGUCCGCCCUCCUUCCCUCCCUCCCCCGCUCUCCUGGCCCGCCCUGCCCGGCCCGCCCUGCGAGUCAGUUCGCUGGUUCCCUCCCUCCCUGGGCGCGCUCGGGCCGCCGCUGCGCUCCCCGCCCUCGAGCCGUGGUGCCAGAGCCGCCCGCCGCCCGAGGAGGAGGUGGAGGGAGCCGGAGGGGCCCGCCGAGGCGGCGGCGGCGGCGGCAAGAUGGCGGACUUCCUGCCGUCGCGGUCGGUGCUGUCCGUGUGCUUCCCCGGCUGCCUGCUGACUAGCAGUGAGGCCGAGCAGCAACGCAAGUCCAAGGAGAUCGACAAAUGCCUGUCCCGGGAGAAGACCUACGUGAAGCGGCUGGUGAAGAUCCUGCUGCUGGGCGCGGGCGAGAGCGGCAAGUCCACCUUCCUAAAGCAGAUGCGGAUCAUCCACGGGCAGGACUUCGACCAGCGCGCGCGGGAGGAGUUCCGCCCCACCAUCUACAGCAACGUGAUCAAAGGUAUGAGGGUGCUGGUAGAUGCUCGAGAAAAGCUUCAUAUUCCCUGGGGAGAUAACACAAACCAACUCCAUGGAGACAAGAUGAUGUCAUUUGAUACCCGGGCCCCCAUGGCAGCCCAAGGAAUGGUGGAAACAAGGGUUUUCUUACAAUAUCUUCCUGCUAUAAGAGCGUUAUGGGCAGACAGUGGCAUACAGAAUGCCUAUGACCGGCGUCGAGAAUUUCAACUGGGUGAAUCUGUAAAAUAUUUCCUGGAUAACUUGGAUAAACUUGGAGAACCAGAUUAUAUUCCAUCACAACAAGAUAUUCUGCUUGCCAGAAGACCCACCAAAGGCAUUCAUGAGUAUGACUUUGAAAUAAAAAAUGUUCCUUUCAAAAUGGUUGAUGUAGGUGGUCAGAGAUCAGAAAGGAAGCGUUGGUUUGAAUGUUUCGACAGUGUGACAUCAAUACUUUUCCUUGUUUCCUCAAGUGAAUUUGACCAGGUGCUUAUGGAAGAUCGACUGACCAAUCGCCUUACAGAGUCUCUGAACAUUUUUGAAACAAUUGUCAAUAACCGGGUUUUCAGCAAUGUCUCCAUAAUUCUGUUCUUAAACAAGACAGACUUGCUUGAGGAGAAGGUGCAAAUUGUGAGCAUCAAAGACUAUUUCCUAGAGUUUGAAGGGGAUCCCCACUGCUUAAGAGACGUCCAAAAAUUCCUAGUGGAAUGUUUCCGGAACAAACGCCGGGACCAGCAGCAGAAGCCCCUAUACCACCACUUCACCACUGCUAUCAACACAGAGAACAUCCGCCUUGUUUUCCGUGACGUGAAGGAUACUAUUCUGCAUGACAACCUCAAGCAGCUUAUGCUACAGUGAUGUACAAAAGACUUGUUGUUUUAAUAUUUUUCUGUGUUUUUGAUUGUUUUCUGUGUGUUUUGUUUUUUAAAUAGCAGUUUACAACCAGAAUUAGAACAAUCUUGAUUCUGUGUUUAACUUCUUGAAAAUCUUAGUACUUUUUCUGCAGCCUUGGGUUUGUGGCUGAAAGCUGUUGAGUGACACAUUGCCAAGAUUUGCUGUAAUGCAGGCUUUGAUCUGUUUCACUAUGGCUUCUAUUCAAGUCCAGCUAAAACUUCCCAGCCGACCUCAGACUAGGCAUAUUUCAAGCUUUAAAUUCUGCUUUUCCAACUGAAUUCUCCUGCAGUGCCAAGUAGAGAAGGUGUCUUUAAAUACUUGUAAGGAUGAGGUUAGGAAUACUGGGUUCCAAAACAAGUAAGAUAUCUUCUGUCUGCCUUACACGUAGCAGUGACACUUGCUGCCUAGCUUAAUGGUGACCUAUUUUGAAAGGGCUGUUAGAAAAAAAGUUUGAUCCAAGAAAUGGCAUUCUGUAGAUUUAUAGAAGGUUUAGCCUUCAUAUUUUAAUUGCUUGUAUACACAGCAGCUGUUUUGCUUUUAAAUGUCUGUGUUUCUGAAGGUAAUGCUCUUAGUGUUUUCAAGUUUACAUAAGGAUCUUUGGUCUGAUGCUGAUGAAGAGUUCACAGGUGGUACGGCGGGAGAGCAAAAGGCAAGCAAAUGCUAUUUAUGGCGUUUUGGUGAAACAGAAGGAGUGAAACAGAAUUUGCCUUAAUCGUGUUUAAUUAUCAUGUAGUUUAAUGUACCAUAUGUGAAACAUUGUGGCCAUAGCAGCAACUAAAAACUGCAAGCGACUUGAUAACAGAACUUUCUAAAUAAACUUAACCUGUUCCAGAAUGUCGUGUAUUUCACUUUUAAGCCCUAUCUCGGUUGGUCGGUAAAGACCAGUCCUUACUGUAGGAAAUCAUUGUUGUAACAUCACAAACAUCUAUCUUUUGCUGUCCUCUCCAUUCCCACCAACUACAAACUGUGGCAUUUAUGGGACUGUUGUUUGUUUGGAGCUUGCCAAGGGCAGUAUUGUUCUGUCAGACUAUUCAAGAAGGCAUUAUUUGAGAUUCCUGUUCAUUCUUGGUGUGUCUCUAAAAGAUACAGUAUGUAUACAUUUGUAUAAUUGUGUUCUAUGAAAGUCCAGCUUUUCUGAGGUAUAUUUUAAAUGUUUUAAGGAUGCUUCUAAGGAUAAGUAGUAGUAUUUUUUAGUUCGCACCUAAAGAUGAUUACAUUGACCUCCCCCCACUGCUUACCAAAUUAAACUGUGUCCAUGAAGUAGCUUUGUGAUUGCAGAUGCAUUCAUAGUGAACUCAUCAGAAUGGCUGAUUUGCAGUACUGAAAUACUAUCUUAUAGGCUUUAUGUAGUGUUAAAAUUAAAUCAGAGAAACAAAAGUCCAAGGCUGGUGACAGUUAGAAAAGUCUAACAGCUUUUCUUCUUUUUCUUAAAAUUCUAAGACUGUGAUAUCUGUCAUGUUGCUGUAUAGCUGGCUGUGCACUCAGGUAUUUUAUUGGUCCUUGAAGGACUGGUCAUUGCGGAUCACCCAGUCUUUCCAAGUCAGUGGCUGUCGUUCUGUCUUGCUGUCUGAUACAAGAGUGGGGCUUUUCUGUGAACUAACCAGGGAUUGUUCUUGACAUACCUGACUUUUCGUAUUUUUUUUAGUAGAGGCGUGGUUUCACCAUGUUAGCCAGGCUGGUCUUGAACUCUUGACCUCAAGCCAUCCAUCUGCCUCAGCCUCCCAAAGUGCUGGGAUUACAGGCAUGAGCCACCAUGCCUGGCCAACAUACCUGACUUUUCUCAUGUUGGAACUUCUACUGUCCUUAAAUUCAUGUAACUUCCAGCGUUUUCAUGCCACGUAGCCCGGCACCGUGACGCAGGUGUUCAUGAUAUCAUUCAUGCAUGUUUGAUUAGUUCUACUUAGAUCUAGUGCCUCUUGCCAAAAAGAAUAUAUUGUUUAAAUUCACAAAGUUAGCGUAAUGGCAGUGCUAAUGAAUAUAUGAAUGUGCACAGUAACAUUUGGCCUAUUCGGUGGAGAAUUUAGCCAUACAUUUUGCAAACAGUUUUACUGAAUGGCCAAAAACAUUGAACUCCAAUGACGACUCAAGCUAGAUCUCUAUGGAAAGAGGACACUUCAUGUUAUUUAAGUAAUAGUUAAGAUCUGUGAUAUGAACUGUAGAUAUUGCCUGACAAAGCAGAAAUCACCAAGUUUCCCCAUUUUGACUUACCACUAGGAAGUGUUAAAACACCAAAUAGCGUGUUAUUUUGGGCAUUUGCAAUUUUCUUCCCUGCUGCAUGUGAUGUCUCAGAAUCAACAUUCUUUUAAAUUUUAGAAUCAAUUUUGAGUCAAUGAAUUACUUACAUUCAACUUAAGCUUGUUUUGACAUUCAGUAGAACUUUAAGUUCAAUCUAAAGGCUUCAGUCCACAUUUUUUUUAAUGUGUUGUAUUUUAAAACCAUUUGAAAGGAGUCUUAUAACUGUAUCAUGAAAACUGAAUCCUUUUGAAAUACCACUUUAUGAAGAGAGAUGAAAUUUAGUGAACAGAAUUGAAAAGGUGCUCAUAAUUUUCACUAUGCCAACUUACCCCGGUCUCUAAAAAAGUAAUUUAAAGUUCUUUGAUGUAUUUGGUUUUCUAAAUCUUUAUGAUUAUGAUUUGGAAUAAAAUGUGCCUAAUCCUGUAUUACAUUCUGUUCUUAAAUAUGAAUGCCUUCUCAUUUAAUUCUGAAGAAAUACCACACAAGUGUCUUCAUUGACCUUGAAGAAAUGUAUCAUUUACACAGUUGCCUUACAGAACAACAACAUAAAUUUAGACUAUAACUUUUAUAGAGAAAGGGUUUUGUCAAAUGUUUUCUGAAAAUCUGAAUAAUUCAAAGUGUGCCUCUGCCAUUUUAAUAUUUUUAAUAACCUGCAUUGUUGCUGUCUGCCAAAUACUAAAUUGAAAUCUUCAUUUUAGUUUUAUUGUCUGGAAAGGGCACUGGCGUGCGCUGCAACCAAAGAAAGCAAUGUGGAAUGAAAGAGAUGAUUCAUUUUGUCUUAUUUUCUUUAAAGAAAGGGCAGUAUUGGCAUGUGCUUUACAUAGAGAAGGUCCUCUGGUUAAUCUCUCAAAUUGAGGCUGUUUAGGGAAAUCCUUACUAAGUUGGUGGCAGUUGGUUUAAAGUAGAAGGAAAUAAUAUGACCUUAAUACUAGAAAUGAUUAGAAGUACUGAUUUAGAUUCAACAGAUAUAUGUCCUUAUCAUUUUUUGUAAGAAGAAAUACAUAAAUCUUAACUUUCAGUGUGUACCCAAAUACUUGUAUUUAUGCUUUUGAUAAAAUGUAUUUUCCACAUUAAUACACAUCCGGUUAUGCCUUAUUUAUAUAUGAAGAAUAAAGUUACCAUGUUACGCUGUUAUGUCCUGAAAUUCAAAUCACUAUUUGAGAAACCCUCAAAUUGGUGCUUUCAUUAUAUAAUGAUACAUUUAGGCAAAACCCCAAACCAAGCCAUUUGAAGCAAGAUUCUCUGUUGCAGUUUGUAGCAAUGUUAUUUCUGUGUAUGUCAUGAGAAGGCUAUCAGUGUUAAUUUCUUGUUUGAAUCCAUGAAAUCAUGCCUGUAAAGCCCAAACAUUUGUAACAAACUCCCUAAUAAAUUUAGAGAAAGUCA